AUGGCCAAAGUGAUGGCGAACGCCGCCACGAGCGUGUUGGGCUCCGUCAUCGGCAAGCUGGCCGCCAUGCUCACCAAGAAGUACAAGCUCGCCAAAAAAGUCGAGAGCGGGAUCUGCUUCCUGCGAGACGAGUUGAGCACCAUGGAUGCCGUUCUGCGGAUGCUCGCCGAGAAGGACGACGACCAGAUCGAUCCACGCGCCAAGGACUGGAGGAGCAAGGUACGUGAGCUGUCCUACGACAUCGAGGAUUGCAUCGACCGUUUCAUGCUCAAUCACAGCCAUAGAGGCUCCAAGGCGAGCUUUGUGCGCAAGAAAAUGCAAAAGCUGAAGAGGUUGUUCAAAGACGAAGAAAUAGCAGAGGAGAUCCGAGAACUCAAGAGCCUUGUGAGCGAGCAGAGCGAGCGGGGCAAACGCUACUACGACAUCAAUCAGUGUCUCCUUGCCUCGUCAUCUCAACCAGUGCUCUUGGAUCCUCGAGUACCUGCACUAUUUCAGGAGACCAGGGAUCUUGUUGGAAUCGAUGCGCCUCGUGAGGAGAUCAUCAGCUUAUUGAGAUGUGAAGACAAGGAGCACAAGGUGGUGUCCAUCUAUGGGAUUGGUGGACAGGGGAAGACCACUCUCGCCAUGGAGGUGUACCACAAAAUCACUGAAGCUGCUUUUGAUAGCCGGGCUUUUGUGUCUGUAUCACAAACUCCAGAUAUGAAGAAACUUCUUAGAGAUAUAUUGUCUCAAAUAAGCAAGAGCCAUUUUGACCAGUCACAGAUGUUAGAGACAGUUGAGCAGCUCAUCCGCACAGUGAAAGAAUGCUUAAAGGACAAGAGUGAAUCAGCAUGGGACCUUGUACGAUCUGCCUUACCUGUCAAUGACAAUGGAAGCAGAAUUAUUACUACAACACGCAGUAAAGCAGUAGCCAACAAAUGCUGUACUGGUAUUGCCGCACAAAUGUAUGAAGCCAAGCCACUUAGUGAUGAGGACUCUCAGAGAUUAUUCUUUACGAGGCUAUUUUUCUCCGGUGAUGAUUGUCACCCAGAUUUGAGAAAAGUAUCCGAUGAUAUUUUGAAGAAAUGUUGUGGCUUACCAUUAGCCAUAAUCAGUAUAGCUAGUUUAUUAGCAAACAGAAGCAAAACAGUGGAAGUCUGGGUCAAUGUAUUGAGAUCUAUUGCUGCUGCAGUUGACAAAGAUUCUCCCAUUGAAAAGAUGAAAAUAAUUUUGCUGCUCAGUUACUUUGACCUUCCUCACCAUCUAAAGAGCUGUUUGUUAUAUCUGAGUGUGUUUCCAGAGGAUUAUUCCAUUGAUUGCCACCAGUUGAUAUUGCUGUGGGUUGCCGAAGGACUGAUUCCUGGGCAAGACACGGAAAGUAUGGAGCAGCUAGGGAGAAGUUACUUGAAUGAGCUCAUCAAUAGAAGCUUGGUCGAGCCAACCAAGGUUGGGGUAGAUGGCACAACCGUGAAACAGUGCAGAGUCCAUGAUGUCAUACUUGAGUUCAUUGUGUCAAAGGCUGUGGAGGACAACUUUGUUACUAUAUGGAAUGGUAAUGAUUCUUCUGACACGAUUCGUCGUUUAUCCAUCCAGAAAGACGUUUCAGCCCGGGCGGAAGAGAUUGCCAAGACAAUAAAAAAUGCAGCACAUAUUCGAUCAAUUAGUAUCUUUGGCCCAAAUUUAGUUCUGGUUAAUAAGCACGCCAACAGCCAAGUCUUGCGAGUGCUAAAUAUAGAAGGUGUGGUUGGUGAAUGCCCUCUGGGACAUGUCAAAAGUUUAGGUCAGUUGAAGUACUUGAGGAUACACAAUUAUGCUUCGGUUGGCAAGCUUCCACAAGAUAUAGAAAAGCUGCAACAUCUGGAGACACUAGAUGUGAGAUGGCAAUGUCUUGAAAACCUACCAGCAAGUAUUAUCCAGUUGCAGAAGCUAGUGCGUCUUCAUGUCCAUCGGUCGGUGCGCCUACCCGAUGGAAUCAGAAAUCUGCAGGCGUUGGAAGAGCUAUCAUGGAUCGAUUUGGGUAUUCAAUCUGUAAAGUUUAUCCAAGGUCUCAGUGAUCUGACCAAUAUGAGAGUACUUGAAAUUGAUUGGCCGUACUUUACUGAAUUUCGUGAUAUGGAGGGCCACAAGAAAGCAUGUAUCUCAUUGCUUUCCAAGCUGUUCACGCGCCUGCGAGAACUGCACGUGUGGGGGUGUGAUGCUGAUGCCACACGUCCAUUCAUGUCUUCGUGUGUCCCUACUUCACCACCACUUCGAAAGCUUGUUCUUAAUACACGUGACUUAAAUUGCAUGGGCCCUCAAAUCAGCUCACUAGUCAACCUGACCCACCUCCGCAUUUUUGUCCGUGGUGAAGCAGGCAAGGAAGGAAUAAAUAUCCUAGCAAGUUUACCAAUGCUCCUCUCUCUUAAAGUUGGCUUAUUCAAUGACAAAGACGGAGAUUCAGGCAUUGUCUACCCAAGGAACGCAAUCAACCCACAAGGAUUUCAGCGUUUGCUCAAGUUUCAUUUCCGAUGUUAUUGGUGUGACGCGGCAUUGGAGUUUGAGCCGGGAGCCAUGCCAAGCCCUCGCCUCAAACAUGUCGACGUCGAUGUUGACUGCUCUGCUGCUGUUGCUGAUGAGGUGGAGGCUCUGGAGAAUGACAUCAGGGACGCAGCAGGCGUCCAUCCCAAUAGUCCCAUGCUCCAGCGGCAAUGCGCAGCGAGCCCACCCGGAAGGCUCCGCCGCCUCCAGCUCCUUGACGUUGUCACCAUCGCGAACCUUACAAGGCUUCAGGCUCUUGAUCUCAGAUUUAACCAGUUUUCUGGUCCCAUCCCAGCAGAGCUACAAGGCCUGCGCGACCUUGACUCCAUGAGUCUCCAAAUGAAUUACCUCAGUGGUUUCAUACCGAACGACCUGUUCAAUAGUACACCAUUUUUAACUGAGCUGAACCUGGGCAAUAACAGCCUGUCAGGAGUGAUACCAGAUUGCAUCGGCUCCUUGCCCAAACUUGAGAUCAUAGUCCUGGAAUUCAACAAUCUUACCGGGCCGGCAUGGCUAGGAAAGCUGACCAAUCUCCGGUUCAUUAACGUGGGCUGGAAUGGCCUCACUGGUCCGAUCCCUGCUCAACCCAGCAACCUCACUGGGCUAAAUGUGAUGGAAAUCGCCUUCUGCAAUCUGACAGGAAUCCUUCCCGUAGAACUUGGACGGCUAGGCCAACUCUCCGAGUUGUAUCUCUCGUGCAAUCAAUUAACUGGAACUGUUCCUGCUUUUCUUGGAAACCUAUCUCAAAUAGUAUCGCUGUAUUUGGAUGGAAACCAGUUGUCUGGAUCUGUACGAGCAGCAAUUGGUAACCUGAACUUGUUGACGACACUUAAUAUUGGGGGAAACCGUCUUCAGGGUGAUCUCCGUUUUCUUUAUGUUAUUUCCAACUGUAGAAUGCUCUCAGAUUUUGAAAUCUAUUCGAAUUAUUUCACUGGAAGCAUUCGAGGUUAUGUGAGCAACCUGUCAAGUCAGCUCCAAAUAUUUCUUGCUAAUGACAACAAGUUAACUGGUCAAAUUCCAGCUGCCAUUUCAAACUUAACUGGUCUCAUUGUGCUGGAUCUUUGGUCAAACCAAUUUCUUAGUGCAAUUCCAGGACCACACUGA